CCGGAGGCUUUGUUGAUCUCUAUGGCAUCGGCAGCAGCGUCCUCGCAGUGGGUGGAUGGGGGUUGUUGUAGCCCCCCCACUCCCGGCUCUCAACGGGCGACUUGAUAGCAGGGUCGUGUGAAGAUGCCCCUGGGCGAAUACACCUUCGUGCGGACCGUGGGGAAGGGCAGCUACGGGGAAGUGAGUCUGGUGCAGCACCGACAUGAUGGCAAACAGUACGUUAUCAAAAGGCUGAACCUUAAACACGCCUCAAGCCGUGAGAGAAAAGCAGCAGAGCAGGAAGCCCAGCUGUUGUCCCAGUUGAAGCAUCCUAAUAUAGUCACCUAUAGAGAGUCCUGGGAAGGUGAUGAUGGCCUGCUUUACAUUGUCAUGGGCUUCUGUGAAGGAGGGGACCUAUAUCACAAACUGAAAGAGCAGAAAGGGCAACUUCUGCCAGAAACGCAAGUAGUGGAGUGGCUUGUUCAGAUUGCUAUGGCACUGCAGUAUUUGCACGAGAAGCACAUUCUGCAUAGAGAUCUCAAAACUCAAAAUGUUUUCCUGACACGUUCUAAUAUUAUCAAAGUGGGAGAUCUGGGAAUAGCCAGAGUGUUGGAAAAUCAACAUGAUAUGGCUAGUACUCUGAUUGGCACCCCUUAUUAUAUGAGCCCUGAGUUGUUCUCUAGCAAGCCUUACAACUACAAGUCUGAUGUUUGGGCUUUGGGAUGCUGUGCAUAUGAAAUGGCCACCUUGAAGCAUGCUUUCAAUGCUAAAGACAUGAAUUCCUUGGUUUAUCGAAUUAUUGAAGGAAAGUUGCCACCAAUGCCAAAAGAUUAUAGCAUUCAGUUGAAAGAACUGAUAAGAACAAUGCUUAGUAAAAAGCCAGAGGAGAGACCAAGUGUCAGGAGCAUAUUGAGGCAACCAUAUAUCAAGCAACAAAUCUCUCUGUUUUUGGAAGCUACAAAAGCGUAA